AUGCCCCGUGCCCCCCCAGACCCCACGGAACCUGGCAGCCUGCAGCAGGGCAACUCCUUCCACUGGGCCCCGCAGCGGCUGCGGCAGCAGCUGGCGCACAGGCAGGGGGGCAGCGUGAUGCUGACCGGGGGUCCCGGCUGUGGCAGGACAGCUCUCUGCACUGAGCUGCUGUGGCCGACCUCAGCAGCCAGGCACCGUGCCGGUCUGGCCGCUCGGGUGCUGGGCUGGCACCUCUGCCAGGCGCAGGAUGCCGACACACUCUCGCCCCACCGCUUCAUCCUGGAGCUGGUGCGGCCCCUGGAGCGCUCCCCGCUGCUGCAGGGGUACCGGCUGGCCCCUGCCCCACUGUCUGCUGACAGCAAGCUGGACCCAGAUGUGGCCUUCAAGAGGAGAGGGAUGACAGGCCAGCCCCUGCUGCUGCUGGUGGGUGCCCUGGAUGAGGGGAUGCUGGUGCCUGAGGGUGAGUGGAAGCUGUCGGGAUGCAGCGGCACCAUCGCAGAGCUGCUGGCCCGGCACCAGGCCCUGCUGCCCCCCUGGCUGCUGUUGGUCUGCUCGGCAUGCUGGCACGGCAAGGCGCUGGCCAGGAGCUUCACUGGCUUCUGCUGCCUGUGCCUGGACGACUUGCGGAAGGUGGCGGUGGUGCAGGACGUGCAGCAGUACAUCCUGUGCCGGCUGGACCACGAGCCUGCCCUGUGCCAGCACCUGACACAGCAGACUGACGAGGUGCUGAACCAGCUGCACAUCAAGAGCAGUGGCUGCUUCCUCUACGAGCAGGUGCUAGAUGGGGUGGCUGCUGGCACUAUUGUGCUGUGUGAACUGCAGCACGUCCCUGGCACCCUCAACAGCCUCUACCUCUGGCUGUGCCGGCGCCUCUUCCCACCACCACUCUUUGCCCUCGCCCACCUGCUGCUUGGCUGCUGGCUGCGCCCCGGCCCCUGCAGUUGGACGCUGCUGGCCAGCACAGCCCACAGCGGGCACCAUGAGGCAGCCAGGCUGCUGCUGGUGCAGGGUGCGGUGGAGGUGGCUGAUGCCAGCGGGCGGACACCUCUGACACUGGCUGCUCCUCAGGGCCACAACGAAGUGCUGCAGUGCCUGCUGGCCCACGGCACCGACAUCAACCGGCCGGACUGGGAGGGCUGGACUGCCCUGCGCUCAGGCACCUGGGGCAGGCACACCGAGGCUGUGGCCACGCUGCUGUGGAUGGGCGCAGAGGUGGACAGAGCAGACGCCGAGGGCCACACAGCACUGCGGGCAGCCGCCUGGGGCAGCCACAAGGAUGUCGUCUGGAUGCUGCUGUGGCACGGUGCCUGUGUGGACCAGGCUGAUGCUGAGGGCCGGACCCCCCUCAUUGCCGCUGCCUACAUGGGCCACUGCCCCAUCGUGGAGCUGCUGCUGCCCCAUGGCACCAACCCCAACCCUGCCGAUGCCGACAGGCACACAGCACUCUCAGUGGCUGCCCUCUGUGUGCCAGGCGGCUGGGGCUACAGCAAGGCAGUGAGGCUGCUGCUGGAGCACGGUGCCUAUGUGGAGCAGCGUGACUGUGAUGGAUGGCCUCACAUCCCUACUGGAGCUGCCUACGAGGGCCACACCGAGAUGGUGGAGCUGCUGCUGGAGGCCAGCACCCAGGUGGACGAGGUGAAUGUGGCUGGGCACACAGUACUGCUGGUGGCUGCCACCGUGGGCCACAGGGCAGUGGUCAGUGCCCCGCUCUUCUGGGGGGCAGCCAUGGACCGCACGGACCCCGAGGGGUGGACAGCGCUGGCUGUGGCAGCAGUACAGGGCAGCACAGCCCUAGCACAGGCACUGCUGGCCUGGGGGCUGGACGAGAAGCACGGUGACACACGGGGCUGGAGCCCACUGCACCUGGUCGCACAGGAGGGCCACUGCCCCUGCCUGCACCUGCUGCUGAAGAGCCGCCCACCCCUGGACCGCUGCAGCCACGAUGGCCGCGCUGCCCCGGCCAUUGCUGCCCUGCAUGGCCACCACCCCGCCGCUGAGCUGCUGCUGCACUACAGGGCUGACCGCAACCUCCCUGAUGCUGAGGGCUGGCCCCUGCUGUACCUGCUGGUGCUGGAGGAGCACCCAGCGCUGGCAGAGCUGCUUCUGGUGCACAGGGCCGACCCCAAGGGCUGGGACACCCAGGGGCGCACAGCACUGCACGUUUCCUGCUGGUGGGAGUCAGUGCAGCUGCCACUGCAGCACGGGGCCCAGGUGGACGCAGUGGACAGGGAGCAGCGCUCAGCCCUGCGCUUAGCCUCCUGGCAGGGCCAGACCACUGCCGCCUGCUUGCUGCUGGACUGUGACACCCACAUCGGCCAGGCCUGCAGCCAAGGGGUGAUGGCUCUGGGCAUCGCCACCCAGGAGGGCCAUGUUCUGCUGGAACGCGGCACCAACCCUUGCCUUGCUGACAGCCAUGGCUGGACCCCUGCCCUGGCUGCCCAGCGUGGCCACGCCGCCAUCCUGUGCCUGCUAGAGCAGCACGGGGCCCCAGCAGUGCCACCCCACACAGCCCCAUGCGGCCACUCACCUGUCUGA